AUGCCCGUCAGCAGGCUCAAGAAGAAGCAGGCGGGCGGCGCACCAGGAGGGGGCAAGCCGCAGCUGGACACGGGGGAUGACGUUGACUCGGAGCAGAUGCUGGCCGAAUUGCAUGGGUCCGGUGGCAAGCCAGGAGGGGGCAAGCCACGGCUGGGCACCGGCGAUGACGUUGACUCGGAGCAGAUGCUCGCCGAUGUCCGUGUGUGGGCCACUUGGCUGCGUUCAUCUCCUCUCUCCUCACCUGACUGCCCUCUUCCUUUCCUUUUGUCUCACCGGCCGCUCAGUCCCCCUACUGCGGACGACGCUGGAGCUGCAAGGCAACUCCAGGUCUGGGCGCAACCGCAAGGCCAAGGCCCAGAAGCAGAAAGUCACCUUCUCCCGCACCUCCCCCCCCAUGCCACUUCCACUCCUUUCCCCUGUCCCGCCCGCCGCUCAGUCCCUCUACUGCGGACGACGCUGGAGCUGCAAGGCAACUUCGGACCUGGGGGGCGCAAACCCAACCGCAGCAAGGCCCAGAAGCAGAAGGUCACCUUCUCCACCAUUGGUCCGGCAGACGCGCUUGGCGGCACCUCCGCGUGCACGGAACUCACCUCCAGCAUCGGCGGCACCGCCAAGGUCACCGUGGUGUGGCGAGCCGCCAAGCUCGCUGCGGCUGGAGACGGAAAGUGCUACGCUCUGAAUUUCUACACCGGCCCGGGCUGCUCAGGGCAGGCGGCUCUCACGAUCAUGCGUCCCGCGCGAAAGGUGGGGUCCACGGGCGCAUGUGUGGUGCACGGCACAUGUGUGGUGCACGGGCGCAUGUGUGGUGCACGGCACAUGUGUGGUGCACGGCUCAUGUGUGGUGCACGGCACAUGUGUGGUGCACGGCUCAUGUGUGGUGCACGGCUCAUGUGUGGUGCACGGCUCAUGUGUGGUGCACGGCUCAUGUAUGGUGCACGGCUCAUCUACGGCUCAUCACACGUAUUCCUCUACCAUCUUCUGCCUCAUCUCACCUCUUAUGCUGUGGCCUGCCCUCCAUUCGCUCCUUCCCUUGGCAACUUCAGGCUGAUCAUGCCCACUAGGGAGGGAGGGGAUGCUGGAGCGGAGGGAGGGGCUGCUGGAGCAGAGGUGCGAGCAGCUUCAGCAUGGAGGGAGCGGUGCAACUUCAGGUUGAUCAUGCCCAUUAGGGAGGAAGGGGCUGCAACCUGA